AUGGCUUCUCCGGUUGAUGAGUCCAAGCAGGACAAAAUCAAAGACCUUUUGGAAGAGAUCGAUCUUCACAAAUUUAUCCGCGAUGAUCUCUUGUCGACUAUGGGCGCAUGCGAGGAAGUGAAUGAGGUUGCCGAGACGCUGCGAUCCAAGGAAAUCCAACUUGCCGAGCUCCUUGGGGAUCCCAUCCCCCCUCCGACAGCUGCUCUGACACCACCUAUUGUAUCACCCACUCCGCCAUCACCCACUUCUACUCCUGUCGCUCCACAUAUUCCCUCCCGUGCCUUCAAUGGUAUUCCGGGGGACUCGUUUUCAACACCCCAUUGGCCUUCAGCGGCACCUUCGCCUUUUGCCGCCGCAUCUCAGACGCCAGCAAUACUGCCGGCUUCACCAAUACUACCUUCCCAAAAUAACUCUCGAAAGCGCCCGCUUUCAACUUCCGAAUUCUCGCCUCCGUUGCAAAGUUCAUCGAAGCGGAAUGCGCCUUCGCAGCCUGAAGCUCGCAAAUCUAAACUCGAAGAAAUCGACGCUCGACAGGCAGACGCGCUUGCGGUACAUAACCGCCAAUACGAUAGACUGAUUGGCCAAGCAAUGGACAGUUCAGAGAUGGACGAACUCCGCGAAGAGCGUGAUGAUGUGGAAAAGGAUAUCAUCUCGGAGUUUCAAUUAGAGAGAGAUGCGGAGCUGGCCCGCGCGCUUCAAUAUGAAGAGAAUCACAGUCACUUCCCGAUGCCCACCUCCCAGCCACAUGUUUCGUGGAACAUGCCCCAUCGCUCUCAACCGAUAAAGAGCGAACCUGCCUCAAAUUUCCGUGCUCCUCAGCCAUAUGCCCAACUCAAAUCCAGCGAUAGCGAUGAUUUCGGCUCCGACGAUGGCUUUGAAGAGAUUACUGCUGAUUCAUUCAAUUCUCGCUUUGGAAAGCAAACAGCUCCAUAUUCCAUGUCCUAUGCCAACCCUAACAUGCAGUAUCAGUAUCCUUCGCAAUAUUCCAAAGCGCAGUACACCCCCAACUCAUUCUCAUCUUAUCCCGGCAUCAUCUACCCCUCAACAAUUAGUGGUGCCAGAUCUCUUCCGUGGAUGCAAAACCAACCAUCACCGUAUGCACCUCUUCCGCCGAAGCCUAUGUUAGGAAGUAUGCCUGGAUCGUAUGACCCGUAUGAAAAGCCGUUUGACCUGGUUAGCAAUCAAGAAGAAAUCUUUAUUGACGAUCAAGACAUAGCGGCGUACAACGAGCGGGAAUUCCCUGAUGAUAUAAAAAACCUCCUUGGUGGCAUCAAAGACAUACGUGAGGCGACCAAAGCAGAUAACGAGGAAACUCCUGAUGCUCUGCGCGUCAACUUGAUGAAGCACCAGAAAAUUGGCUUCAAAUGGAUGAAGGCUAAGGAAGAAAGUAGCCACAAAGGUGGAAUUCUCGCUGACGAUAUGGGUCUCGGAAAAACCAUUCAGGCAAUCGCCCUUAUGGUUGCCCGCCCAUUCGAAGAUGAAGACCGCCGACCGAAUUUGAUUGUAGCUCCCAAGGCCCUCAUGGAUCAAUGGAGACUUGAAAUUCAGCGACAUGUCAAACCUGGAAGACAUGCACUGUCAGUUUUGAUCUACCAUGCGAAGCGUAGGCCGUGGAGAGAUCUCAAGAAAUAUGAUGUUGUUAUCACAACGUUUGGUACGCUGACCGCCCACUACAAGACACUACUCGAAGGGGAGAAGCUGGAAGUGGAAGGCCGGGAUGCUUCCAGAGCUCGUGAUGUCAAGAAUAAUGCAGGCCCUCUCAGUCCCGGCGCUCAGUGGCAUCGUGUCAUCAUCGACGAAGCGCAGAACAUCAAAAAUCCUGUUGCAAAGUCCGCCUUAGCAUGUUGUCGCCUCAAUGCUACUUACCGCUGGUGUUUGACUGGUACGCCCAUGAUGAAUCGCCUCGAAGAUUUCCAGUCGUUAUUGGCAUUCUUGCGUAUUAAACCAUACAACAAUAUGAAGAAAUUCAAAGUGGACUUCGUGAGACGCAUCAAGUCGGGCUUCGGAGGAGAGGAUGUCAUGAAGCAACUUCGCGUCCUGGUCAAAUCUGUCUGUCUUCGACGUACCAAGGCUUCCAAGAUAGAUGGCGAGCCUAUUCUGCAACUUCCACCGAAGGUCACUGAGAAAGUACAUGUUCUGUUCGAUGAGAGAGAAAGCCAGGUCUAUAGUGAGCUUGACACCAGUACUCAGAGGCAGAUCAACCGCUACCUCGAAGCUGGAACCUUGGGCAGAAACUACAGUCAUGUCCUGGUUCUUCUUCUUCGUCUACGACAGGCAUGCUGCCACCCUCUCCUCAUGGCGGAAUUCCGAUCUGAGGCUCCCGCAUCUGUGCCCGGACUCGACAAAAUCGCCAAUGCUAAGCUGUUGACCGCUGCUGUUGUGGAACGUAUUAAAGCAAAUGACGGUGAAGAGGAUGGAACUUGCCCUGUUUGUAUGGACAGCGUCGAAAAUGCAACCAUCUACAUCCCCUGUGGGCACCAUGUGUGCUCAGAGUGCUGGAUCCGUAUCUCUGAUUCUGCUGCAAGUGCAACCAAUGUCAUCAAUCUCGAAGGCGAUGCCGUCAUCAAGUGUCAGAAUUGUCGAGGUCCCGUGGACCCCCAGAAGCUCACCGACACCAAUGCCUUCAAACAAGUCCACGACCCGAACUCAAUCCCUGAGUCUGAGAAAAUCGAUGGUGCCAACGGUGCUAACGACGAAGACAGCGAAGCAACAACAAGCAGCACCGAAACCGAAGAUUCUGACUCAGAGACCGACACCGAGGCAGGCGAUGAAGGUCCUAAGAAAAAGUCACUCGCCCAACUCAGAGUUGCUUCCUCCAGAAACAAAGCCGAGAAGAAGAAAUAUCUCCGCCGUCUGGAGAAAACCUGGUUCCCAAGCACAAAGAUCACAAAAUCACUUGAGAUCCUCCAAGCCAACGAAGACCGCGGCCAGAACGAGAAGACAAUCAUCUUCAGCCAGUUCACCUCACUGCUAGAUCUCCUCGAAGUUCCCCUCGUCCGCAAAGGCUGGACACACACCCGCUUCGACGGCAGCAUGGAUCUGAAGGAACGCAACGCUGCCGUGACGGCUUUUACCAACGAUCCGGAGUGUAAGAUCAUGCUUGUUUCUCUGAAAGCGGGAAACUCGGGGCUCAACCUCGUUGCAGCCUCGCAUAUCAUCAUGUUCGAUCCAUUCUGGAAUCCCUAUACUGAGGACCAAGCCGUGGAUCGGGCGCAUCGCAUUGGGCAGGUCAGGGAGGUCUUUGUGCAUCGGUUAUUGAUCGAGAACACAGUUGAGGAUCGAAUUGUUACGCUGCAGGAUCAGAAGAGGGAGUUGAUUAGUGGUGCUCUUGAUGAGGGGGGCACUAUGAAUGUUUCUCGACUAGAUACGAGAGAACUGGCCUAUCUCUUUGGCGUUCGUGAUUUGUGA